AUGACCCCCGCCCCCCCCUCCGUUCACUGCGUUCAUUCAUGUAAACAAGGUGUUUUGACAGACGGCAGUAAAGGCGGAAGGGAAUACGAAUCUCCGAGCCGCACGGAGCAGUCACACCCCCUUUCUCUGAGCACCAGAAGACUCAGAGCCGACGCACACACACACACACACACACACACACACAGACACACACACACACACACAGGCACAGGCACAAACACUUGACACACGUCGGGCACAAGGGCACAGACACACAACUGACCGGGGAGAAAUUGUCUUGAAAUCACUUCUGCAGCAGCCUAUUACGCCUCGGUGCCUGAAUGUAACGCGACAAUAUACCGAACGACAACGCCGACCGUUUUGAGGUGGGCUGGCUGCAGUGAUGUCCAGAUCCACAAAAUCAGGCUCAAGGUCUCGGAGCCGUUCAAGGUCCCGGUCAAGAUCCCGGUCCACCUCAUACUCCAGAAGUGGCUCCCGGUCCCGAUCCAGGAAGCAUCGUUACAGCUCUAGGUCUCGGUCACGGUCAAGGUCAAGAUCUCAUUCUCCAUCUUAUAACCGGGAGAAGAAGUAUCCGAGAGGAUACCAGAACAACCGGGAGUUCCGGGGCUACCACCGCGGCUUCCGGAGGCCGUACAACUUCAGGGGCCGAGGGCGGGGCUACUUCCCACGUGGACGGUACCAGCGUGGCGGUGGGGGGGGUGGUGGCAACUACAACAACAACAACUUCCGGCCCAACUGGAAGAAUUACAAGCAGCACCCUCAAAAGCAGCAACAACAGCAGCAGCAUCAUCAUCAGCAAAACCACUCGCGAGGGCGAUUGCACAGCCUCCAGGAACGCUCAGGAAGCCCCCCCCACGGUCACUCUCACCACAACGACCGAUCCUCCUCACCCCUAUCCAGAAACUCUCAGCAUUCUUCCUCCUCCUCGCACUCGUCCUCCCCCAAAUGCAGGCCAGCCUUGUCGCUGGCUAAUCAGAACUCCAAAGAUGCGAAAGAGGACCAGUCAGCCUCAGAGGAGGUCCAAAAGGCAGGAGGGGGAGAUGGGGAGCCAGGGGACCUCGUCAGGGUGUCGGCCGGAGAUGCCAAGGAAGGCACGGGCAGUGGGAAAACUGAGGGGAACUGGCAGGGCCUGACAGACUGCAGCAGCAGUCCAAAGAGAACCAGUACUCUGGCAAAUCCUGCUGUUACUGUUGGUCAGAGCAGCCAGACUUCUAACCAGUCCGCUCCCUCCCCUAAAAACACAAAUGAAACCAGCAAUGGCGCCCCCUCCUGGCAGACGGUGCGUAGUUCAUCCCCCACAAAAAGACCCUCACAAGGUCUAAAUCCAAUGCUCUCCAGCUUUGACUUCUUCUCCAAUGAGGAAUACCUGGAUGGAGAUAGGAAAGCAAUCUCCUUUGCCUUCAGAAAGUUCCUGGAGGAGCAAAAUAAAAAAGCUACAUCUGCUUGGGAAAAUGGCAAGAACACAGAGGCAAAUGAUGAGGAUAUGGAGCAGGGAAAAGUGAAUGGCAAAGCGUCGGCAGUUAACACUGAUUCAGUGUCAAGGAAGUACAAAGAGGACAUUGAUGGUGAAGUGUCUCUGAACAGCUUUUUGAAAACCUCUCCUUUUCUGUCUGCUGAUGGGGAGGAAGAGGAGGAGCUGAUCAUCAAGCCUCAGUCAAAGUCACUUCACAAAGACUGGCACAAUGGGGACGAGUCCGCUAAGCCAAAGAGCAAGGUCACUCACUCGGCACGGGAACUGUUUGAAGAGUGCUUUGGCAAAUGGCAGAAUGCGGCCUGUUCACAGGUAGCUGACAGUGACCUCGACGCCAUGGCAGAGGAGAUAUAUCUCAGUCGAAAGCAGGAUAAAGCGGCAGCCAUCGCCGCUGCCCUCGCCAAAAGGGAGUUAGCAGGAAAACUUAAGGAACUCUCCCCAGACACAAGUUGUAAAGCCAGGAAGAUGGCAAAAUCUCCCUCUAUCCCAUCAUCUACACCACCACCAAGGAGGAACUCUGACAGAGAGAUGUUUAUGGUCAGGGGAGAGGACUCGCCUUACAUGUCCUCAAGGAAACAGGAAGCCAAAUUUAAUAUCAGAAUGGAUUUCCUUGGAGAUAGUCUGAUAGGCUCUUCUGACAUUUUAGCUGAGGAGCGCCAGUUGUCUCAGGAUCUUGUGCAAUCCUCAAAAAAGGAUCAGGAGUUUCGCUCCAUCUUUCAACAUGUUCAGAAUGCUCAGAUACACAGGAGUCCCUCUGAGCUGUUUGCUCAACACAUUGUCACCAUCGUUCACCACAUUAAAGCUCAGCACUUUCCGUCCUCUGGCAUGACUCUAAACGAGCGAUUCACCAUGUACCAUAGACGAGCUGCAGAGAAGGAAAUGAUGAAGCCAAGAAAAAGCCCAGAGAUACACAGAAGAAUUGAUGUUUCGACAAGUGCUUUUAAGAAACACUCUCAACUUUUUGAGGCGAUGAAAAGCUCAGAGGAUGGCACUUACAAGGACGGUGGGGAAAAAAUAAAGGGUGACCCAAUGGACCUUCGUUUGGAUAUUGAGCGCCGUAAAAAGUAUUCCACCCAUGAAAAAGAUUAUAAUCAGAUUCGAGGAAGAGACAUGGGAGUGUCCCCGGAUUCUAGUAGAGAGAGAUCUGUGGAAAAAUUCUCCAAAUGCCACAAGAGAUCAAAGAAAAGUAAGAACAAGCGCUCUCGCUCAAGUUCGUCCUCAUCUUCCUCAUCCUUUAAGUCCGAACAAGAAGGAGAUUUGCCCCAGGACAAGUCUGAUCCCAAAGAUGAAGGCUUUAAUAGGGCCCGACUGGGUCAAAAGGAGUCUCCAGGGCCCGAAAGAGGAAGGCUGCGUGGAGGAUUUCAAGUACGAAUUCGUGGAAGGGGCUGGAACAGAGGCAUUUGUCAAGGGAACAGUUCACAUAGUAACCCCAUAAACAUGGCAGGACAACAAAAAAGUGAAGACUGGGACCCAGAGUACACUCCCAAGAGCAGACAAUACUACUUGCACGACGACAGAAACGGGGAGGCAGAGUGUAACUGGUCGGACAGUCGAGGGCGAGGGCGUGGAAGCUUCUCGCGUGGAAGGGCGCGAUUCAUCAUCCGGAAAGCCACUGGGGGCUCCAACCCCGAUAGCCCCAGAUGGGCCCCUGAAAACUUCCAGGUCAACGGGGAGCAAGGUGGUGCACAGGAAGAGGAGACAGAACAGGACCAUAAAGAGGGAAAAACAGAUGGAGAGAAUACUUGAGCGGUGAACCAGUCUGCUGAAAAUCUUAAUUGUCUUCUUCGUUGUUAUAGGAACUGACUAAGUGAUUUUAUCCACCACAAUGCAUCGAUAAAUACAGAUCAAAAUGUUUUAGGACUCAGCUAUCACUAGGAAAAGUUUUAAGCUUUAAUUUCACUGUAGGAUACUCACUUGGACUGGACACAACCGUUUCCUACAUCAGGAUACAGCUUGUUACUAGUACAACCACUGUUUAGGGGUGAAAUGCUGUUUGUCAUGAAAACUCACAAGUUUGUGUCACAUGUUUCUUUGCUUUUUAUAAUAAACCAAAUUCUUCUGUGCACCAUUUUGGUGAUAUUUACACUUUUCUCACUUGGGUAAUUAGAAAAUAACUCCUUAAUUGCUCUUGUAUUUUGAAGUAACAAGAAAAAAAUAAAUUAUAAAUCAAAUCAGCUUGUGCCUUAUACUUGUGAAAAUUGAGAUAUGUUUUCUGCAUUAGGGCACGAGAUAAAUUAUGGUACUGGUAAAUGCAAUGAAAUCUAAUUCAAUUACCUAAACAUGAGGUGGGGGGAGUAGUUGGGUUGUUUUGAACUUUGUCUUGUCUGGAUAAAAAUGACGGCAAUAAAUACACGUUGGUUCAUGUUGACAUUAAAAAAAAAAAAAGACAAAAAAAGAAAAGAGAAAAAAAAAACUGUUUUGCUAAUUCUACAAAUUAUCCUGAUCUGACAAUGGGACCAAACUGUACGGGGUCAAAGGUUAAGCUCUGCAGUCUUUCAUUGUACAACAUCCAACAGAUCUACAAUACAAGCUGGCAGCACAGGAGACUGUUAUUAUUAGGAUAAUGUACAUGAAAUAUUUUGCUAUCAGAGAUUUCUACUCUUUACAGUGGCUGUUUGCUUGACCUCUGAUACCACUAAUCAAUGUGUAAUAUUGAUAGUGAUUAUAUUUUUUCCUCCAGAGACAUUCAUUGUAGUUUUUGUACCUAUCUAGGUGGGAUUAUGAAUGUAAUGUAAAGGAGAAUGUGUUCCUAUUGCAGUAGAUUUUUAUGUGAUUUAUAUUUGCUGAUUUCAAACUUUUCUCCAGACAAUGAUCAGUUACGCAAAUUGUGUGCAACUGUGUCGACAUUGUGAUAAAACAGGUUCAAAAUUA